AUGCACCAGCCGGACAAAGAGGACCAGUUGUGGUCAUCAGAGUACACUGUCAGAGGGGAGUCUAAUUACCUCCACCGAAUGUACUACUUCCUGCAUCGAUUCGGUCUACAAUCCAACAUUAUAUGCUCAGCACGAUACAAAUCAGACGAGCGGGACGCCAUUAUCGACAGAUCAAAGCUCUAUGCUGUCCUGAAAUCGAUCAUCGACCAGUACCCAGAAUUGGCCAUCGUCGGGGUCAUGGAAUCGUCGCCCAAGCCGGGCCGUUACCGACUUCGACGAGCCCUCCUCCACCGCAUCCAUCUGCACACCUGCACUGAGUUUAUCGAGACGCAAGACGGAGUCAGCCCGGACCUUCUCGAGCGGCUGCAUGGCGAGUGGCUGUGGACGGCAGCGAAGCCAGACAAGCCGUGGUGGAAGGUGGUUGUGGUCAACGGGCAAGAUGUUGUCUUUGUCUUCCACCACUUUGUCUGCGACGGCCGGUUCGGCUACCUGUUCCACAAAGCAUUUGCAGAGGCUCUCAACGCCAUGCCCCGGCCCUCUGCAUCACCUGCCCCCAUGACGGACACCGUUGAAGUCGACGCAGCCAAGGCCCCCCAUUGCAACAAUGCUGGGUGA